UAUUUAUUACUAUAUUAGUUUUAUCAAUAUGAAGUUCUCGGUGGGAGUUCUGUUGGCUCUAGUGGCGCUUGGAUCUGCCAGGCAUAUAACUCUUGAAGAUGUCAUAGAAUUUGAAAGCCAUCCAGCGUAUGGUUACAUUGAAAAGAUUGGCAAGCCGCUUGCUGAUGAAGUUAGGAUAAAAGAAGAAGCUGCCUUGGAUGAUCCAUCUCGCAUUAUUGGAGGUUCCCAUGCAGUACUUGGACAGUUCCCUUACCAGGUUGGACUUCUAACGGAAUAUCCACAUGGAGUUUCUGUAGCCAGUGCAGUACUUAUCUCUGCAAGACGAGUGCUUACUGCCGCCCACAACAUAAACGAUGCUGUGCUACAUGUGACGAGAAUUAACGUUAUCUUGGGUUCUGUAACUAUAUUUACUGGAGGUACUCGACUGGUGAGCACAAGCUUCGUUUUGCACGAAAACUGGGCACCUCCAGUCAGGAAUGAUAUCGCUAUUAUCAAUUUGCCGCACAACGUUGGCUUUACUAAUAUUCUUUCUCCUAUCGCUCUGCCCUCUGGUGCUCAACUCAAUGAAAACUUUGUUGGUGAUAUCGCUAUUGCAUCAGGUUACGGCAUGACCUCGGAAUUUGGAGGAAUACCGUCUAACCAACGCUUGAGUUUUGUCCAUUUGCCUGUAAUUUCAAACAAUGAGUGUAUUCAAACCUUUGGAUCAACCAUCUUGGCGUCCAAUCUUUGCACGAGUGGAGCUGGCAAAAGGGGCAUUUGCACCGGAGACUCUGGAGGCCCUCUUGCUGUUACAAGAAACAACAGACUAGUUUUGAUUGGUAUUACAUCAUUCGGCUCACCCCGUGGUUGUGAAGCCAGCCUGCCGUCUGGUUUCGCCAGAGUCACAUCCUUCAUGAGCUGGAUCAACAGACACCUCUGAAACUUUAUAAUGAACAAAUGUAAUGUUAGUUGCUGAAUGAAGUGCCUAUUAAUUACUAUGUUUUUUCAAAUAAAAUAUUUAAAAACUUA